AAAGUAUGUUAAAAUUUAGUAUACUAAAGUAUACUUUUUUUUCACCUGGGUAAGGACACUCAAAAAUACCAGGAUUAAUGUACUGUAUGCUAAUGUGGCGUAUUUAUAAUAACAGACCUUUGUGUGACAUUUGUCACCAAAGCACUUUAACAGAUGAUGUUGCUGACGAAGCAGAAGUUGCCCAGAAGAGUGAUGCCAAAAACUCAAAGCGCCAGCAGAAACGGAAUGAAGACAGACGGACAGACAGAUAUGUGCUGUUUGACAUUAGGAGAUAGAAAGGACAGACAAACAAACCUUGAUUUUAUUAUGCAGCAUGCAUACCUGUUCAGAGUAAUUCAGUAGCAGCUUAAAUACAAUGAGAAUGUCUAAAUGUUUAGGAAAUCAAACCACACAUACAGUUAAACUCAGUUAAAAAUCAUUUUGAAUAUGGUCAAGAUGGUCAUUAUUGUAUUGACUGAUGUAAAACAGACGUAAUUCCGUGCUGGGGGGUGGCGCACUUUAGUUUGUUUGUUUGUUUUGUUUGUGCAGGUGUACGGGGUCGUGCCUGAGUGGAACGCGAUGAAGAGGUUCUGGAAGGUCGGUGGUUCCUAUGCUCCUGUAGGACCUUGUGAGCUCGGAUGGAUGCUGCCCAUGUUUGGGAGGGAGGAGUUAAUCCCUCCAGCUGCCCUCACACCCCUCACCCCUCUGCAGGUCACCCUGUUCUGCAGCAGCGCAGCCGGAGAACCACGCGGUGGAACGCGGCGGAGCGACACACCUGUAUAAAAGCGGAUUCCAGAUGGGGAUGUUCUGCGUGCUGCGCGUCUUUAAAGAUGGAUGAGCUCUUUAACCAAAGCGCAGCGCCGAACCAAAGUUCCGCUGGAGAUGACAAGUUCACAUUCGAGGACAUCGACGUGAGCGCGGACGGCUCUGCCGUCCUGAGGAUAUUCAUAUCGGUGGUGUACUCGGUGGUGUGCGCCGUCGGCUUGGUGGGGAACCUCCUCGUGUUCUUUCUCAUGAGGGUGCGACAGGGUCGCAAGAGAUCCACUAUAAAUGUGUUCAUCACCAACUUGGCAGUGACGGACUUCCAGUUCGUCCUCACUCUGCCCUUCUGGGCCGUGGACACCGCGCUGGACUUCAGCUGGCCGUUUGGAGGCGCGAUGUGCAAGAUCGUCCUGUCGGUCACCGUCAUGAACAUGUACGCCAGCGUCUUCUUCCUCACCGCCAUGAGCGUGACCCGCUACCUCUCCGUGGCUUCAGCACUGAAGAAAAGGUCCUACAGAAGGUCACGGUGCGUCAAGUGGGUGUGCGCGGUGCUGUGGCUGGCCGCCACCGCGGCCACGGCUCCCACGGCCGUCUUCUCCACUGUGACGGUGGUCGCCGGAGAAAAGCUGUGCCUCCUUAGGUUUCCGGAGGGACACGACUGGCUGGCCCUUUACCACAUCCAGAAAAUACUGAUUGCUUUCGUCAUCCCGAUGUUCAUCGUUUGUGUCAAUUACAUGAUGCUCCUGCGCUUCGUCAGGCGGAAAAGCAUGGACGGCAGCAACCCCAAACGGAGAUCCAGGGUCACCAAGUCUGUCGCCAUUGUCGUUUUGUCCUUCUUCUGCUGCUGGAUGCCAAACCACGCCAUCACCUUCUGGGGCGUCUUGGUGAAAUUUAACGCGGCCAACUGGGACACGUCCUACUACACGGUGCACACGUACGUGUUCCCGGUCACGGUGUGUUUGGCACACACAAACAGCUGCUUGAACCCCAUCCUUUACUGCCUGAUGAGGCCGGAGAUCAGGAAGAUGCUGAGCGGCCUGUUUUGGAGAGUCUCCAGUCCCACUCAGAGCAAGGCUUGCGCGACGCGCUCCGUUACGCACAUAGAAACCCAGGGAGUGGUGCCCCUCCAGAUCAUUGACAACACCGAGUACACGCUGUCCAUCAUAGACCGUAAAGGUUCAUCAAGUUCUAAGCCAAUCCCAUACACCCACUGAAUAAAAAAAAAGAAGCUUUUAUUUAUUUUUAUGCUUUGCUCCGUCUGCUGGCAUUGCUCGUGCGUAAUGUGUUCACAAGUCUGAAAAUCACUAUAUUCUAUGUACUACGAGUCACAUGGAAUGAUCAUUGCGUGUGAAAACUAUAAAACGGUUGACUCAUUCUGUGAUUUUUCUAUGAGAUUAAUCUUUUCACGCUAUAAGUGACAAAAGGACUGGGACAGGACGGGUCAGCCAUGGACAUGACAUGGAGAGAGGAGCAGAUAUUCACUGUCGAACCCUAAAAUAUAAAAAUGUUUUUGCCAUGAUAUUCACCAUGUAAAGCCUGACUGUAAAUAAAUUGCUUUUCCAUCAGAGAAAAAAAAAGAAGAAAAAAUUGGCUGAUUAUUGCUCCGAGCUAAUUUCAUUCUGUGAUAGAUUUUUCAUUUGUCUUUAAUUAUAAUAAUGACUUUUCAGAAUCGGCCAGAGUUUUUGAAUCAGUCUUGUUCUACCGCUUCUGGAUGUAAAUUGUGCAAAUGUUUUAAGAGGUUUAAGCACUAAUGACGUGGUUCAGAUGCUGUACCAAGCAUCACUGCCUUAAGCUGUAAAACAUAUUUAUUUUUGAUACUUUGUCCCCAUUAUCUGUCAUGUAGUGGGUAACAGUGAGCUAUGAAGUUACUUCUGAAGUAAAAACAGCAUUAAAUGAAACCAAGCUGUGCUACAUAGUGAAAGACUUAAUGGAUGUUCUAAUUGAAAUGCUUAAUGACCAGGCUAGAUGCUACUACCACUACAGGCUAGUAAUGUACAGACUCACUCAAUACAAUUGAAUAUUUCUGAAAAGUUUGUUUAUUUCAAGAACUUUAUUACCAAGUGAUAUAAUAAUUACUCAUACUGGUGAUUUCCAGACUUUAUUUUGGUUGUGAUUUUUUUGUGUGUGCUAACAAUAAAAACAUGAUAUUUAGUUACAAAAGACCAAUGAAAGAAAAAUCAUUUUAAGACACAGAAAAGUGGGUUUGCUGAUCAACUUAGUUAUUUUCAACUGGUGCUUUUAAUCUGACAAAUGAGCCUCAUCAGAAAGUAUAUUCUAUUGUUUUAAAUAUGACUUUCUUACCUGAUGCAUUUAAAUACUGCUGCAUGUUCAUUAAAAGAAAUGUGUGAAUUAAUAAGUUACAAAACAGACAAGUAAAACAAAAUAAAGGUGCAUAUGUGAAUUUUA